CGCAUGCGUGGAAGAGUCCGGUCGGCCCGCAGCUGACACCUCUCGCUUGUGUCAGCGAAAAGCAGACGGUUCGUAGCAGGCCGGCAACGUGCUGAGCGGGCCCGGCAGAGGGGAACCAACCGACGGGGGCGCUGUGGACGGGAUCAUGCACGGCUGGGCGCUGUGGACGGUGCUGGGCGCCUUGUGCCUGCACUGCGGGCUGGGAGCGGAUGACAUCGUGGUGGGGUGCGGGGGGUUCGUGAAAUCGGACGUGGACAUCAACUAUUCGCUGAUCGAGAUAAAGUUAUACACCAAGCAGGGCACAUUAAAAUACCAGACGGACUGCGCGCCCAAUAACGGAUACUUCAUGAUUCCUCUUUACGACAAGGGGGAUUUUGUUCUGAAGAUUGAGCCUCCCCUAGGGUGGAGUUUUGAACCAACGAGUGUUCCCCUUCACGUGGAUGGAGUGAGCGACAUUUGUACAAAAGGGGAAGAUGUCAAUUUUGUUUUUACUGGGUUUUCAGUCAGCGGAAAGGUUCUUAGUAGGAACCAGCAUUUGGGUCCGGCUGGAGUGCAGAUUGCGAUGAGAAGGGCGGGGAGCGCCGGGAACCUGCAGACAACGGUCACUCAACCUGGCGGGAAGUUUUCCUUUAAUAAAGUGCUUCCAGGAAACUAUGAGAUUGUUGCAUCUCACCCCACUUGGAACUUAAAAGAGGCAACAACGAUAGUUCAAGUGAAAAAUUCCAAUGCCCAAACAUCAAGCCCACUCCUUGUCGCUGGCUAUGAUGUGACUGGUUCUGUACGUAGUGAUGGCGAGCCGAUGAAAGGCGUCAUGUUUCUGUUGUUCUCACCAUCCACCAGCCGAGAGGAUAUUUUGGGCUGCAAUCUGUCACCCGUCGAGGGCUAUAAGGGAAAAGAUGAAUCGGUUUCAUACCUGUGUCAUGCGACCUCUAAAGAAGACGGAUCCUUUACUUUCUUGUCUCUGCCAAGUGGGGAUUACAGCGUGAUCCCAUAUUACAGGGGAGAGAGGAUCACAUUUGACGUUGCUCCAUCCAGGCUGGAUUUCACCGUAGAACACGACAGUCUUAAAUUAGAGCCGGUCUUUCAUGUCAUGGGAUUUUCCGUCACUGGACGCGUACUGAACGGGCCAGAAGGUGAAGGUGUUGCGGACGCUGUUGUUACUCUCAACAACCAGAUGAAAGUUAUGACUAAUGCUGAUGGAUCCUUCCGUCUGGAGAACAUGACUGCCGGUACAUACAGUAUUGAUGCACAAAAGGACCAUAUAUUCUUUGAUACACUCACUGUGAAGAUUGCCCCAAACACUCCGCAGCUUGCUGAUAUCAUAGUGGCAAGAUUCAGUGUAUGUGGAGACAUUUCCAUCACAAAUUUCCCCGAAAGUAUUAAGACGAUGAGUAAAUACAAAGUUAUAUUGACUUCACAAGACAAGGAAAGGGCAUCUGUCCUGACCACAGAAUCGGAUUCUCAUGGAGCCUUCUGCUUCCAGGCUAGAAGAGGAUCCUAUAAUAUAAAGGUCUCUAUUCCAGAAGCUGAGGCUAAAGCUGGGCUGGCAUUGAAGCCGGCUGUGUUCCCUGUGACUGUAACAGACAAACCUGUAAUGGAUGUGUCAUUCUCCCAAUUUAUGGCUUCUGUUUCUGGCAAAGUAUCUUGUCUUGAUAUAUGUGGGGAUCUGACUGUAACAUUGCAGUCUGUGAGUCGACAGAGAGAGAAACGUUCUGUACAGGUCUCCAGCAGAACAGAGGGAGUGACUUUCACUUUUGAGGACGUUUUACCUGGCAAAUAUAAAGCGAGUAUCAUCCAGGAAGAUUGGUGCUGGAAGAACAAGUCUCUGGAGUUUGAGGUUACAGAAGAUGACAUUGCUGGGAUUGAGUUCAGACAAACUGGUUACAUGCUUAGAUGCUCCCUUUCUCAUGGUAUCACACUGGAAUUUUACCAAGACGGAAAUGCUCCAGAGCAUGUUGGUGUAUACAAUCUUACUAAGGGAGUCAAUAGAUUCUGCCUAUCAAAACCAGGUGUUUACAAAGUCACCCCGAGAUCCUGCCAUCGCUUCGAACACGCUUAUUACACAUAUGAUACGUCCUCCCCUAGUAUCCUUACCCUGACAGCAGUUCGACAUCACGUCCAUGGGACGAUAACAGCUGAUAAACUAAUGGAUGUGACCGUCACUAUUAAAUCCUCCAUAGACACUGAACCAGCACUGGUGUUAGGACCUCUAAAAUCUAUUGAAGAGACCCGGCGAGAGCAGCAGUUAGCAGAGAUUGAGGCUCGUAGGUUGGAGCGAGCUAAAGCUGAUGCCCAAGAGACUGAUAUACAGCCGCCUGUUCAAGAGGUUGUAGAGGAGCUUCAGGGGCCCUUUACAUAUGAAUUCUCUUACUGGGCAAGAUCUAGUGAGAAGAUCACAGUGACGCCUUCAUCUAAAGAACUUCUCUUCUACCCCCCCUCUGUGGAGACUGUUGUCAGUGGAGAAAGUUGUCCGGGAAAGCUCAUAGAGAUUCAUGGGAAAGCCGGCUUGUUUCUGGAUGGACAGAUCCACCCGGAAUUAGAGGGUGUUGAAAUUGUGAUCAGUGAGAAAGGAGUAGCUUCACCUCUCAUUACUGUUUUCACUGAUGAUAAAGGAUCAUACAGUGUGGGACCUUUACACAGUGACCUAGAGUACACAAUUUCUGCUCAGAAAGAAGGCUUUGUGCUGACUGCCAUUGAUGGAACCGUGGGAGACUUCAAUGCUUUCGCCCUUGCAGGAGUUACAUUUGAGAUCCGGUCAGAAGAUGACCAGCCCCUGGCUGGAGUUCUCUUAUCUCUUAGUGGUGGAAUGUUCCGUUCCAAUCUCCUCACCCAGGACAACGGGAUGUUGACUUUCUCAAACCUGAGCCCUGGUCAGUAUUACUUUAAACCCAUGAUGAAGGAGUUUCGUUUCGAGCCUUCCUCUCAGAUGAUAGAGGCACAAGAAGGACAGAGCCUAAAGAUUAAAAUCACUGGUUACAGAACGGCUUACAGUUGUUAUGGGACCAUAUCCUCUCUAAAUGGUGAACCGGAGCAAGGAGUGUCAGUGGAAGCUAUGGGUCAGAAUGAUUGCUCGAUUUAUGGUGAAGACACAGUCACGGAUGAGGAGGGCAAAUUCAGACUUCGAGGUUUAAGGCCUGGCUGUGUCUACCAUGUCCAGCUGAAGUCUGAAGGGAAUGAUCAUAUUGAACGUGCCUUGCCUCCAUAUCGGGCAAUACCGGUUGGCGAUAGCGAUAUAGAAGAUAUGAACAUUAUUGCUUUCCGUCAAAUCAACCAGUUUGAUCUGAGUGGGAAUGUAAUAACGUCACCUGAUCACCUGUCUACUCUGUUGGUAAAGCUGUAUAAGAGUGAAAAUUUGGACAACCCAAUACAGUCUGUAUCUCUAGGACAAUCCCUGUUUUUCCAUUUCCCACCUCUACUUCGAGAUGGAGAGACCUAUGUGGUACAGCUGGGGUCUACCCUACCUAAAUCUCAGUAUGACUACACGCUGCCGCAGAUUUCGUUCAGCACCCAGGGAUACCACAAGCACAUCACGUUCACCUUCAAUCCCACGAGAAAAUUACCAGAACAGGAUGUUGUUCAGGGCUCCUACCUGGCGCUUCCUCUGACCUUACUGCUGCUGUUGGCUGGUUACAAGUACGACAAGCUGAUUCCCUUGCUGCUCCAGUUGACAAGCCGUCUGCAAGGAGUUUAUGCUCUCGGACAGACAGGAGCUGACACUGCCAACCCAGAGGAUGCAAAAAGACUUCAAAAAAGACAAAAGACACGGAGGACGUGAAGAAGAGGUACCGUGGUGUGAAGCGACAUCAAAGUCAUGCUCCAGACCCUUGGGACAUGUUAUGGAAACUCUCCUUGGUUUGAAAGAAAUCACAGACUUCAAACACAGUUUCUGCGCACAACAUGAUCCUGUUUUAUAACAAACUUGUUUUGUACAUUGUGCGUGUAUAGAAACAGAUCCUGGAACAUGAUUUAACUUGGAAAUGAAGAAAUUUGACCACUUUUUUUUUUGUAAUUUUUCCACUGGAGAUAACUUAUUUUUUAUCAUUGCUGAAAUACUUGAUGGCCGACGACUUGUCCAUAAAGCAGAAUAAUUUUAUCUUCAUCAUUGAUUUCCCAAUAAAGAAUAACAUGGUUUCCCUUUCUA